UUUUACACACUUAAGUUCAAACUUCCCUGCAGCUUAACAAACUAUUCUCAUGCAUCAAAGAGCUCACUACAAAUAGAAGAUAAGAUUAGCACUUAUUCACACGAUCAACUUUUUGCAUCUAAAAUCCUACAGCCCACCAACAUGCCGCAAAUCGUCGAACUCCUCGUGAUCUUCAAAAUCAAGCCGGGCGCUGACCCGGCCAUUGUGGACAGCCUAAACAGCCUAGCCUCACUGGACAGCGUCCUCCACCUGGCCGCCGGCCCACUCAUAAACUGCCGGUCUUCUCUCAACUUCACCCACAUCCUCCACAGCCGUUUCGCUUCCAAAGAAGACCUGGAAAAGUUCUACCAAGAUCCCGACCACCAUGUGGUGGUCAACCAAGUCAAGCCCUUUUUGGAGGACAUCAUGGUCGUGGAUUGGGUUCACUCGACCGACUCGGUCGCCAUCCCGCCCGGUUCGACCAUGCGAGCCACGAUCUUGAAGUUGAAGGAAGAUUUAGGAGAUGAUGAGAAGAACCAACUCCUGGAAGCACUUGGGUUGCUGAAAGACAAGUCAACGUCGUCGAUUGAGGUGCUUAGCUUCGGGGAGAACAACACUCCCGCGCGAGCUAAAGGGUUUUCCGUUCCGGUGAUCACGGUGUUUAAGGAUGUGAAUGAACUGGAAGGUUUCCAGUCGGAAUGGGAGUCGCCGGAGAACGAGCACCGGCAUCUGGUCAUCAAGCCCAAGGUGGACGAGGAAUUGGUGUUGGAUGUUGUUUUCCCUUAAUUUGUGUUGUGUAUGCUGAAUUCAUUGUGUGAUGAUUUCUUGUACUGUACUAGUAUUUGUGCUUCAUUUCUUUCUAUGUUCUUUUGGGUGUAUUAAUUCGGACAUGAAAUGAAGUUAAGUUGCA